UUUGAAAGAUGUCUGAAUGGCCACUACAGAAUUGUUUCACCUCACAUCACCAAGUAGUUAACUAGUGAAAAAAGCCACGACACUGCACUUCAGCCAGGAGAUUUGGAAUCAAAGAAGGUUUCUGAAAUCAGUGGAGGCGGCUUGAGAACAGAGCCUGAUUAUCAAGUGAUCUCACAUUCAUGAAAGAGAGGAACAAAAAUCUUCCUUACACACAUGAAUCCUUUAGUGAGCCCUUGAUCUGAUAUUUCCUCCUGACAUCAUGAAGCAGAAAUGUAUAUCAUCAGUUCAAAUUAUCUUGCUACUUGCUCUGAGCAGAGUGGGUCUGUCUGGUCAAACAUAUCCUGGAAAACCUAAGAUAGUAAGAUGUCGUUCUCUAGAUAAGGAGUCCUUUUCUUGUUGGUGGAAGCCUGGCUCAGAUGGAGGACUUCCUACCCACUACACCCUAUUCUACAUCAAGGACAGUGAAGAAAAAACCUAUGAAUGUCCAGACUACCGAACAUCAGGUCCCAAUUCCUGCUACUUUGAUAAAAACCACACUAAUCCCCAGGCAACAUACAAUAUCACUGUAAUGGCAACGAAUGAGAUUGGAAGUAACAGCUCAGAUCCUCAGUACAUGGAUGUGGCCUCCAUAGUUCAGCCAGCUGCUCCUGUGAGCCUCUCUCUAGAAACCAAAACAUCUGCUAACAUAAUGUACCUAUGGGCAAAAUGGUCUCCUCCUCCAUUAGCUGGUGUCAGCUCUAAUUCACAUUCAUACCACUAUGAGCUACGACUAAAACCCGAGGAAAAGGAAGAGUGGGAGACAGUAUCUGCUGGAGUGCAGACACAGUACAAAGUGAUUAGGCUACAAGCUGGGGUGAAGUACGUUGUUCAGGUCCGUUGCACAUUAGACGUUGGAGAAUGGAGUGAGUGGAGCUCUGAAGGACGCAUUCAGAUCCCCAGUGGAGAGUCAUCUCCUGAAAAGCCUACAAUAAUAAAGUGCCGUUCUCCAGAAAAGGAAACAUUUACUUGUUGGUGGAAACCUGGUUCAAAUGGAGGACAUCCUACUAACUACACUCUGCUUUACAGCAAAGAAGGAGAAGAACAAGUUUAUGAAUGUCCAGACUACAGAACUGCAGGCCCCAAUUCAUGCUACUUUGAUAAAAAGCACACUUCUUUCUGGACCAUAUACAAUAUUACUGUGAGGGCAACUAAUGAAAUGGGAAGUAACAUAUCUGAUCCUCAUUAUGUGGAUGUGACUUACAUAGUACAGCCCGAUCCUCCUGUGAAUGUAACUCUAGAACUAAAAAAGCCAAUAAAUAAAAAACCAUAUCUGGUCUUGACGUGGUCUCCACCCCCGCUGGCUGAUGUCAGAUCUGGAUGGCUUACUCUGGAAUAUGAGUUGCGACUAAAGCCUGAAGAAGGAGAGGAAUGGGAGACGAUUUUUGUUGGACAGCAAACACAAUAUAAAAUGUUUAGUUUAAAUCCUGGAAAGAAGUACAUUGUACAGAUUCACUGCAAACCAGACCACCAUGGAUCAUGGAGUGAAUGGAGCUCAGAAAAGUAUAUUCAGAUCCCUACUGACUUUAAAGUAAAAGAUUUGGUUGUGUGGAUCGUUGUUGGUGUCUUGUCGUCUCUUAUAUGCGUAAUCAUGAGCUGGACAAUGGUUUUGAAAGGGUACAGAAUGAUAGCCUUUAUCCUACCACCAGUUCCAGGACCAAAGAUAAAAGGCAUAGAUACACAUCUGUUAGAGACUGGAAAAUCUGAGGAAUUAUUGAGCGCUCUUGGUUGCCAUGGUUUCCCUCCAACAUCAGACUGUGAGGAACUACUGAUAGAAUAUCUAGAGGUAGAGGACAGUGAGGAUCAGCAACUUAUGCCCAGCCAUGACAGCGGUCAUCCCAGUAAAAAUGCAAAAAUGAUACCGAAGGAAACAGACAGUGACUCUGGUCGAGGGAGCUGUGACAGCCCUUCCCUGCUUUCUGAGAAGUGCAGGGAGUCCCACACUCUUCCAUCAACAUGUCAAACACAAGAAGUAAGAGAUGUUCAAGAAAAUAAAGGAGGAAUAAGGAUCUGGGAAACUCACUGUAUAGCCUCGGAACAGAAAAUACUCCUUUUUAACCAUGAGAGUACAAAGUCAUCCACAUGGCCUGCAGCUCAGUUACCUAAUAAUCAGCCUCCUAUGUUUGCCUAUCACAGUACUGUAGAUAUACCUAAGAUAACACCGAGUACCGCAAAUAUGGACAUUGCACCAGUUUUUAUGGGAAAUGAAGAAAAGCAUCAUUCACAAUAUCCUACCCCUGAAACUGUCCAUGAUGACAUGGGAAAGCAAAGAGAGAUGGAGAAUUUGCAUUUCAAAAUUGACCAAACCACAGUGCAGGUCAAACAAAACAGACCUAAUGACAAGUCACCUUUUUUGAACCCUAAACUGAUGGAUUAUGUAGAAGUUCACAAAGUCAGACAAGAUGAAGAGCCAGCAGUAUUACUGAAACAUAAAGAAAAUAGUGGAAAGACUGAAAAAUACACUGUUUCAGGAACCAGCAAAGAAUAUACAAAGGUCUCAACGGUUGUGGACCAUAAUAUCCUAGUACUAAUGCCAGAUUCACGCAUUCAGCACAUACCUGUGUCUCAAGAACCUGCAAGGGAAACAUCUCAGAUCCCUCAGGAAGGUCAAGCUGAGAAAAAUAUGAGCUACUGUCUGACAGUUCCAAGCGAGUGCAAAAGAGACACCAGUGGAUCAGAGUACAUGGACCCAUCUUCCUUUAUGCCCUCCUUUAAAUAACUAGUAGUUAGUACAGUUCAUGCCUAGUAGUUAGGUACAGUAAAACAAAGCCAAAUAGCAAAUAGUUCCUUUAAAAAGCCUAGUCACCUAUGUGUAUUAUACAGAAGAUAAAAUAAGCUGUGGGUUGAGUUAAUAAUCAUGGAAGUAAACCUUGGAUCAUUAACAUGUUUUUCUGCCACAGGGAAAUGAGAAAAUGGAUAUUAUCUGUCACAGAAAAUAAAUUGUAAACUAAUUAUUAAUUGAUUGAGCCUGAGAGAAUACUGCAGAUUUAACAAAGACCAUAGUGAUCUGAACAGUUCCUAAAUCAGAUAAAUUGUUGCACAGCAGCAUUAUGAUCUACAGUGUAUCUUCAUCUGAAUGCAUUCUGACACUAGAUUAAGUUUUCUUCAUAUUUUUCUCUAUCUUUAAGAAAAAAAGGAGUUCUUAUAUAUGACAAAUCACACAUAAAAGAUAAUUGCAGUUAUUUAACAAAUUCUUCUAAAUAUAUUUUAGCUUUCUUUCAAUGUGACAGAAGACUUUGCAUCCCAUUCAUAUCCUAGUCCAAUCAUACCAAACUUGAAAAAAAUAGCAGGACAAUAUUUUAUAUACUGCCUUACUGUAUAUAAUAUACAAUUCUACUUUAGUACAAGCCCGUAUGUUUAACCAUGUAUUUUUAAAGGCUAUUUUUCUAUUACCAAAAAAAAAAAGCUAAAUAAAAUAUUUUUUGAUUUCCCAAUGUUAUUUAGCUACUUAUGAACUUUUCUGUUUCCUUCUGCUGACACAGCAGUAACAAGUCUAUACAAGUUCUAUACAAAGCAUAAAAUUAAACUUUAUACUAAUUAAGAAUACAAAGUAAAUUUUAACUAUAUUUCUAAUAUAUUGCAAAUGUAUUACUAUUUUAAUUGUAAGUUAUUUAUUUAAAAUGUUUUUAUCACCUGUAAUUAUAAAAUUAUAAUAGAAUCUAGGGUUUGAGAGCGAAGCUAUUUUCCCACUGUAUUUGUACUCUGAUGCCAAUCACAAAUGGAAUAGUGUUGUCCUGCAUCCUUAGGCACAGCACUUUUCCCUAAGCCUGGAAGGAAAGUUUGAAGUCAGAUUUUUCAUAAUGAAGUUAUUUAUGUUAAUUUUGGGAUCCAGCCUCCAAAGUCAAAGGUAAGAGGCAUAAAAUCUGAGUCAGAGCUUUGCUGAAAUAUUAGUGUGAAUGAGGAAAGGAGUCCAUGUAUUUGGGCUGGACAGAUGUCAUAGAAUCAUAGAAUCAUUUAGGUUGGAAAAUACUUCAAAGACCACCAAGUCCAACCAUCAACCUAGCACACUGCCAAGUCCACCACUAAACCAUUUUCUCUAAGCACCACAUCUGCACAUCUUUUAAAUAUCCCCAGGGCUGGUCACCCAACCACUGUCCUGGACAGCCUGUUCCAGUAUUUGACAACCCUUUCAGUGAAGAAAUGUUUCCUAAUACCUAAUGUAAACCUCCACUGGUGCAACCUGGAGCCCAGUCCUCUUGUCCCAGGAACAGCAGUGGGAACACUGAGGAUUCCUCAUAUGCCUAGUAACCAAAGGCAGAAUUAAAAUGAUACUGGAAUGGCUCUGAACUUAGUGUGGUCCUUCCUUCUGAACACAAAAGUUUAAUCUACUCCAGGAAGGUAUGAUCAAGCAAUGACUGAGUAAAACCAGGCCAAGUAUUGAGCCAGUAUCACUAAUUUCAGGGGAAUUUGGAAACACAGAGGAAAUUGUACUGUACGUGUGGUGGAAAGUGUAUUUACUAUAGAUGAGAUCCCUUCUGUUCUUUCCUGGUCAGCUUUACAUUUCUUUAGCUUAUAAUUAUUUUAUGCACAGAGCCAGCCUUCCUGCAGUAUCAGGAACCUGCUGCAGAGCCAGCCAAAAGAGACUUUCAGAUUUUGAAGGUCCCAGAAGGCCACAUCUAGUUUGGUAAAUCAGAUUCUCACCUUUUACCUUCAUGCCAUGGAACUUGCUCAAGUACAGGUCAGUCAAGUCAUGUAGCCCUUCAACUGGAAGGACUUUAGAGUUUAACUAUCUGUGUGUCUGUAAACAUACGUAUUAGUGUAUAUGUAACAUUUGCAUUAGGCAUAAAAUUCAGAGCCUGUGUCCUCUGUACAGGUAAUGUACUGCUCACUUUGACAGGCUGAUCAGAGCAGUCUGGAUGCUCUGCUGAAUGUGCAGAGAGGUAUCUUAAAUAAGUAGCCGCUUAUUUAACGCUUGAAGACACAAAAUGACUUUUCCAGAGAGGAUCCAAGCAUAAAAUCUGGUUAAUUAUAGUUAACAAUUGUUUCUGUUGCAACAAUACACUGUAGCAUGCAGUACACCUUACAAAUUUUCCAGAGAUGCUAAAAGUACUGCAGCGAACCUAUCAACUUUUCAGUACAAACUGGAAUGUUUUGCAGGGCAGCAGCUGCUGUGUGUGCAUGUGUCUGAGCUGAUAACAUACUCUUUCUCACAGUGCUUUAUUUAUACUUCAGUUUUCUGACUGAACGUGACAGAGCUGAUCUGGAUCAGACACAUUCUUUUUCUCUACACAGACACAAGCUGCUGCUUUCUACUCCUAAUGAUGUGCAUAAAGCAAUGCUGCUACAGGACUUCUGUGAUGCAUCUCACGAUGCAUAGAAGCUACACAACCUUUAAAGCCACAGCCUAAAGAUUUUCCUCAUGCAGUAGGUUUCUUAGGGUACAAGGCAGGUGACUCCACAGAUGUUAAAAAACAAAGAAAGCACAGGAUAAGCUGCUUUGGACCUAAGGCUUUGCCAUAAAUUUGUACUGAAGCUGCAAAAUAGCUGUAGCCUAAAUUACAUUGUGAGGUGUAGAUUCUCUCCUGCCUUUUCUGAUGAAUGUAUCAAUAUGCCAAGUCAUCAUGGCUUUCUGUGCAAAGGGAAAUUCAGUCAGAGGGGAAGAGGUGCAUUUUCUGGUUGCUCUGAGGUAGCUAAGCUUUUUGGAGAAUGUGCUAGCUAAUACAAUCUGAACACAAUUUUCAUAAACAUAUUUAAUAAUUUAAGCUGAACAAAUUUGUAGAUUAAUUAUCUUUCCCUUGGAUUUGCUUUUAUUUUCCAAAACACACUGUUACUCCCAAGGUAGGAACAACACCUUCUGAAAGUGGCCUUUAACAUCUGAAAGUACAUUAAGAAGAGAAUAAAGCAGUUUUCUGUAAAAAUCAGAAUAACCUUCUUCUAAGUGUAUAGGUCUUUGGAUUUUCAAAUACUUCUUUCUGUUUGCAACGAUGUUGUUUGCUUGCAGCUCUUUCAGGAAUAGCUUUUAUUAGGAGACAGGUGAGAUUUGGCAGCAGUUGUACACAAAUUGUAAAAUUAUGACAUACCAGUGGGAAAUAACAGGCUCUCAAGACAUCCUUUGAUAUACAGAGGGAUGAAGUCUGUCACAGAACUUACCCCAGGAACAGGGAUUAACCCUCUAUCCCUUACCCCAUUAGUCAAAAUUUAUUACUUGGAAUAAUGAUUUGUAAAAUUUGAACAUUGUUCUCAAUGUCAAAUUUAUGCAUGAAUCACUUAAAGUGCAAAUUACUUUUUAGUAGCAUAAAAGCCCUGAAAGGAAGGAUUAAAGCCCUCAGAAGUAAUUAGUUUUAUAAAACUCGUAAAAUCAUAUAUAUAUAUUUUAAUUAAUUACCUUCCCUUUAGACUCUGACUAGUGUUAUUAACAGGUUUUCUUCAGUAUUGACAAAUAUGACUCAUUAUCUUAAAUUUUCUAAUUAUUUUCUUUAGCAAAGACAUAUUUGAUGUACAGUUUUAGUAUUUUAGUGUAAUAUUCCUGGCUUUUAAAAAAAUACGAUUUCUUGAAGUGGGACAGAUGUUCCCAAAACUCAUGUAAAAUCCAGACUUGAAAAACUGUGUAGAUUAUACUAUGUAACUACAAACAUUACUUAAGAAAAAUGCUGUAAACUGACCUUAUAUCAUGCUAGUAUGGGGAUAGAUGUGUUUAUGGAACAAACUGUAAAAAAAAAAAAAAGAAAGAAAAAAAAAGUCAUGAUAACUGAUUUAUGUUAAAGCAGUGAAUUCUGUGGUAUAUCUGUUUAUGUGUCUGUUUAGAUGGCUGACAAUAUGCAGUUGCUUUAAAUGUCAUUUAAGUAUUUAAACUGUAGUAACAGCAGGUGUUAAUAAUGAAUCAUCAGGAUUUUGUUGUGAUCUCUGAAGCAUUGUGUAUGUAGGGUGCACUUCAUGAAGCCUGCAAAUGUAUUUCAUAAUUUUUCAUUAAUUGUAAACAAUUUAAAGGUGUUGUGCAAGGAAACCAAAGUCAUCUAAGUCAGCUGAUAGAUACUACACAUCCUCUACAAAGCCAUAAAGACAAAUGAAAUUAAACAGAUCGUAAGAUCAGGCAUCAUGUUCUCAACAAACUACUACCUCAGAUCAUGUUUCUUGUUCCCAUUAAAAAGGCAGACAGAAGUAUUUUACUUUGUGUGUCAAAUUGUGAAUCACUCUAUCAAGAUUUUUAAAAAUCCUGGGUUUAAUUUUCAAAUUAUUUUUGUUAACUGACAGCUUGUUAUGGAAUCAUUACUUAUGUUGCACUGGUAGCACUAGGAUGGGAUAUUUGAGAUGUGUAGCAAAAUUAAAUAUUUUUUAUGUGGAAAAAUAACAGAGAAAUGUCCAUGUUUUAGGGAAAGCCAUACUGGCCAGCUUCCCAGCCAAGAAUCAGUGUGUUGCCUGGGCUGAAGAUUUUUUUGCCACAGCCUGUGUGUACAGCUUGCUAGGGCUGAAUGAGCUGAGUUGUCAGAGAUGCUCUGAUUCUGGGUCACAGCAAUGGAACUAAGCAUUUAUCAAAACUUGCUAUUUAGAAAGAUCCAGUUUUAGCUGCCUUUCUGAGAAAUAAAUUUUCAAACUGUCCCUAAAUGAGCAAAAAAUGGACAUUAACCCAGCUCUAAACAAUCUCAAACCCUCAUUCAGACUCAAGUUCCUGUGGGUGUGGAAAGAUGGACUGAAUUAUGUUAACUGGAGCAAUCUUCAGGAGCUGCCUUGAAAACAAUUUGGAAACAAACAAGGGAAUUUUGUAAUCCUUCCUGUGUAUGUCAAGCAGGAGAUUAAAGAUAAAUGGAAUACAGAAACACAUGCUAUAUGGGGAUAGAGAGCUUAAUGAUGGAAAGAGGGACACGAUUGCUGCACGUGGCAAAGUGGAAGAGGUGUACAGUCACUAUAGGAGGGUGAAUAGGUGGAUAAUUAGAGAAAUCAGAGGGGGUAAACAGGCAUUCUGACUACAGCUAAAAGGGAGGGACAACAGAAAAUGGAACCAAAGGAAUCAAAUGUAAGAGCAGGAAAACUGGGAACUAGCAGAACUGCAGAGAGUGAUAAAUGAGGGGGGAAAAACAAAACAAAACAAAACAAAA